GUGUGCUCCGCCUCUCGCGCAGUGGCAGCUGGGACAGACGGAAGUGUUUCAGUUGUUUUUUACGUUAAAUUUCAACUCUGAGCAGAACAGAUCAUCUGAUUAGAAACACGUUUAAAUGGAAAUCAUUAAGAAGUUUCUGCAUGAAGCGGGCUGUGCUGAUAUCAUGGAUCAACACUGAUCCGGUGACUCUAACAUGUUAAAAGGAUUAUUUUGAUCGAUCCGGAUCGAUGGAGGUGCAUCAGCAGCGAACAAGCAGCAAUGACAAUAUUCCCCCCAACAUGUCUGAGCUGAGGGUUGUCCUGCUGGGGAACAGCUGGUCUCAGAGGAGAGACGUGGGGAACUUCAUACUGGGAGGGGCCGUGUUCAGCACUGAGGAACCAGACUGCUGUGUGAGGGUCAGCGGGCGGUGCAGGUGGAAAGAAAUCAUUCUGAUCAACACUCCAGAUCUGCUGCAUCCAAACAUCUCUGAGGACAAACUGACAGAGUUGAUAGAAACCUGUGUGAAGCUCUCUGAUCCUGGUCCUCAUGUGUUCCUGCUGGUUCUACAGCCUGAAGACUUCACUGAGGAGCAAAGACAGAAGCUACAAACAGUCCUGGAAGACUUUGGUGAUCAGUCAUUUGAACACUCGUUGAUAUUGAUAUCAACACCUACAGAGGAACAAUUAGCUUACACAGAAAAUUACAAGCAGCAUCCACCAUUGAAGCACCUGGUCACCAUGUGUAGAUACAGCUAUUUAAAACAGAAAGAUCUUGAACUUCAGGAACUGUUGACACGCUUCAGUCAGAUUGUGAGAGCGAACAAGGAAAAGCAUGUGACCUGUGAUUUAUCUGAAACUGGAGCAGAUGGUUUUCAUCAAACCCUGAAACAUCAGACGUCAGUGCCUGCAAACAUGGAUCCUGCUCGAGCUGCUGCUCGUGGACUCAGGAUUGUGCUGUUUGGGAAAAACGAGGAAGAAAAGACAACACUUGGAAACUUCAUCACAAAGAAAAAUUCUUUUCAGUUCAGAAAUAUUUCUCCAGCUAAACACUGUGAAGAUGCUCGUGGAGCGUGGAAAGAAAAACCAGUAACAGUGGUGAAAACACCCGACGUGUUCAGUCUGUCUGUGGAGAGAGUGAGAGAGGAGAUGAAGAGCUGUGUGAGUCUCUGUCCUCCUGGACCAAACGUUCUGCUGCUGUUAGUCAAACCUUCUGAUUUCACUGAGGAGAACAGACAAACUCUGAAGUUCAUCCUGAGUUUGUUUGGAGAAGAUUCCUUUAAACACUCGAUGAUCAUCAGCACGUACAGACAUCAGUGGAAAGAAACGAGCGUCUCUGUGAACAAGCUCCUUCAGGACUGUGAUGGAAGACACUACAACAUGUUUACCAAUGACCACAAAGUGUUGAUGGAGAAGAUUGAAGACAUGCUGCAAGAAAACAAAGAAAGCUUCCUCAUCCUCACUGCAGAGAAGACAAAGCAAGAAAAACAAGAGGACUGGGAGAGGAAAGAAAAAGAGUGGCAGGAAAAUCAGUCUAGGGAAAUUGAAAGAAUACGUCAGGAGGAGGAAGAAAAGCAGAAAAAGCUCCAAGAAGAGUUAAAGCAGGAAAUAGAAAAAUAUGAAAUAACAAGAAAAGAAAAUCAAAUCAGACGGGAGCUGGAAGAAAAAGAACAGAAUGAAUUAGAGGACAAUUACAAGAGAAAAAUGGAGGACAUGAGGAAGAAAUAUGAAGAGGAGGCCAGAAAACAAACAGAAGAAUUUAAUAAUUUUACAAUUAAAUAUACGACAGACCUUGAAGCUCUAAAUUCAAAACUGGUGCAACAGCAUGAAGAAGAAAUGCAGCAGAAAGAGGAAGCACACAGAAAAGAAUUUAAUCUGUUACAGAAAAGCUGGAACCAGAAAGAAAAGGAACUAAACGAAGAACUGAUGAGAACACAAACACAACUGCAACAAGGAAUUAAUAAAAAUAAAAAACAGAAAGAUGAAAUAAAGAACAAAAAACCUAAAGAAGAAAGAAAAGAACUCAAUAAAACCGUCCGACUUAUGCCCGACCGAAGAACAGACAUGUCUGAGCUGAGGGUCGUCCUGCUGGGGAACAGCUGGUCUAAGAGGAGCUCAGUGGGGAACUUCAUACUGGGAGCGACUGUGUUCACCUCUGAGGAUAAAGCAGACCUCUGUCUGAGAGUCAAAAGAGAGCUGAAGGGGAAAGAAAUCGAUCUCAUCAACACUCCAGAUCUGCUGUCACCUAAAAUCUCCCCAGAAGAUCUGACGAAACAAGUUGAGAACUGUGUGAGACUCUCUGCUCCUGGACCUCAUGUGUUUCUGCUGGUCCUCCAGCCUGCAGACUUCACUGAGGAUCACAGACAGAGGCUACAAAUGGUCCUUGAACUCUUCGGUGAUCCAUCCUUUGAUCGUUCACUGGUUCUGAUAAUGCCCAAAGACAAGAGUUCACCUUCCAUAGAAAUGUAUCUGCAGCAUCCACAGUUAGGAGACAUAAUCAAGAAAUGUAGUGGAAAAUUGUUGUGGCAGAAGAACCUGGAACAAGAGCAGCUGUUAGCUGCCAUAGAUACAGUGGUGAAGAAGAGCAUGGGGGAGGAUGUUUUCAGUGAGGAAACAUCUGUUUCACUGCCAAUUCCUCGUGUCAUACAUUGUGCACAUGAACUCAGGAUAAUGCUGUUUGGAAAAAAUGAAAAAAAGAAAUCAGCCCUGGAAAAGCUCCUCGUUGGGAAAAAAGAGUCUAAAGGUUUUGGAGGAAAGCAAUCUGGUGCUGCCUCUGGAGAGUGGAACAGGAAACCUCUCACAGUUGUAAAAACACCCGACAUCUUCAGUCUGCCUGUGGAAGCGCUGUUUAAAGAGAUGAAGAGCUGUGUGAGUCUCUGUCCUCCUGGACCAAACGUUCUGCUGCUGUUAGUGAAACCUUCUGAUUUCACUGAGAAGAACAGACAAACUCUGAAUUUGGUCCUGAGCUUGUUUGGUCAAGAUGCUUUUAAUCACUCCAUCGUCAUCCUAACACAUAAUGAGGAAGGGAAUAACUCAGUGGAGAAACUCAUUGAAGAAUCCAAACAAAGGCAGCACUUUGUUAAUUUUGACAGAAAAGACGCCUUCUCAGAUUCCUCAGAGUUGAUGGAAGAAAUGAAUGAGAUAGUGAGUAAAAACUGUGGAAAAUAUCUAACGUUAAAAGAAGAGGCUAAACCCAAUCUGAAGUCCAGUGUGAACCUGGUUCUGUGUGGGAGGAGAGCAGCAGGGAAGACGUCAGCAGCCAAGGCCAUUUUACGUCAGACUGAGCUUCAUUCAGUCUCCAACUCAUCAGAGUGUGUUAAACAUCAGGGAGAGGUGUGUGGACGUUGGGUUUCCCUGGUGGAGCUGCCUGCCUUGUAUGGAAAACCUCAGGAGGCAGUGAUGGAGGAAUCAUUCAAGUGUAUCUCCCUCUGUGAUCCUGAGGGUGUCCAUGCCUUCAUCCUGGUCCUACCUGUGGCUCCCCUCACUGAUGAAGACAAGGGAGAGUUAGAGACCAUCCAGAACACAUUCAGCUCUCGAGUCAAUGACUUCACCAUGAUUCUGUUCACUGUGGACUCAGAUCCUACACAUCCAGCUGUUGUUAACUUUCUAAAGGAAGACAAGAACAUCCAGCAGCUCCAGCAGACCUGUGGAGGAAGAUCAGUUGUUCUCAACAUCAAGGAGAAAAAGCAGAUUCCAAAGUUGUUCAAGGUUGUAGAUAAAAUUAGUGAGGCCACGGACAAACCACACAGUUAUACAGCUACAACGUUUUUACAUGCACAGAUGGAAAAAGUCGUACAACUUAAGAAGAACAUGAUCACUGGUGCAGAACAGGACUCAGACUGUCUCAGGAUUGUGCUGAUUGGGAAGACCGGCUGUGGAAAGAGCUCUACAGGAAACACCAUUUUAGGAAGAGACGAGUUUAAAGUUCAAUCAAGUCAAAUGUUGGUCACACAAUGCUGUCAGAAAGCAAAGAGUGAGGUGGACGGUCGGCCUGUUGUUGUGGUCGACACUCCUGGUCUGUUUGACACAGCUCUGUCAAAUGAAGAAGUUCAAGAAGAGCUGGUGAAAUGUAUCCGCCAGCUGGCUCCAGGACCACAUGUCUUCUUGGUGGUGAUACAGGUUGGCAGAUUCACAGCAGAGGAGAGAGACACGAUCAAACUCACUAAAAAAUUCUUUGGGAAGAAUUCAGAAAAGUUCACCAUCAUCCUUUUCACCAGAGGAGACGAUCUGGAGCGUCAGGGAGAGUCUAUUGAUGAUUACAUCAAGAACAAAUGUCCCAGUUCCUUUCACAAGCUGAUCUCUAACUGUGGAGGAAGAUACCAUGUGUUCAAUAACUCUGACAAACAAAACCGCACACAAGUCAGUGAGCUGAUAAAAAAGAUUGACACCAUGGCGAAGGACAAUGGAGGAAGCUUCUACACCAAUGAGAUGCUGCAAGAGGCUGAAGCAGCAAUAAAGAAGGAGAUGCAGAGGAUCCUGAAGGAGAAGGAAGAAGAGAUGCAGAAGGAAAAGGAAGAGAUUGAAAGAAAACAUAAGCAAGAAAUUAAUACCAUGAAAAGAAGAAUGGAACAAGAGAGAGAGAAAAUAGAAAAUGAGAGAAAACGGAAAGCUGAAGAACUCCAGGAAAUGAUGGAUAAAAUUAAGGAAGAACAAGAGAAGAGAAAAAAAGAAGAAGAAAUGAGAGAAAAGAAGAAAAAGGACACUGGAGAAGAAAGAUAUCGACAACAAUUAACAAUUCAAGAAGUACUUGAAAAGUUGGACAGACAAAUUCAGUUGGAAAAAGAGGCAAAGAAAAGUGUCGACAGACAGCUGGAAGAGACCAGAGAAGAGAUGCAACAAAAACAAGAAGCCUGGGAGAAAGAACAAAGAGAAGAGCGAGAGAAACAAAGACAAGAAGAUGAAAAGAGACGACUGGAGGAGGAAGAAAGAAUAGAAAAACUGCUGGAAAGUUACAAACAAGAAAAAAUAAAAUAUGAAAACAACAAAUUACAAGAGGAACAAAUAAGAAGAGAAAUGGAAAUAAUAGAGAACAAUCAUCAGAAAACACUGGAGGACCUAAAGAAGAGCUAUGAAAGAAAAGCCAGACAGAAAGCAGAAGAGUUCAACGAAUCCCAAAAGAAACACACGGAUGAAUUAAAUGCUCAGAGGGAAGAACACGUGAAGGAAAUGAACGACAAGGAAGAACGUCAAAAACAAUUAAGUGAACUUCAAAAAAUCUUAAGUGAGGAGGUCAAUGAAGCAUCAGCCUGCAGCAUUUCAUGAUGAGAAAUGAAUGAUUUCUGAGAAAAACGUUAAAGAAGCACCGAUUUGUUGUUCUGUGUUUUAAAUGUUUGGGAUUUCCUUGCAGCAGAAAAUAAUUCUGAUGCCGUCUAAUCUGCCUUAAACACAGCGUCGGACUCCAGUCUCACCAUUAAACCACAAGUCACUAUCCCAACAUUACCAACGCUUCUGACUGGUUAAACUAACUCCUCACAUUGAAUAGGUAUUAGUUAUUGAAAGACCCACGUGGAACCAGCAUGUCCUGUCUCAGCUCAUUAAUCUCCCACCUGGCAGAGUGGAAGCAAUCACAAGGUUGCGAGUUUGACUCCCUGACCUGGAGUGUGUGGAGUUUGCAUGUUCUCCCGUGUCUGCGUGGGUUUCCUCCCACAGUCCAAACACAUGCAGUUAGUGGGGUUAAUUGGUGAUUCUAAAUAACCCAUAGGUGUGAGUGUGAAUGGUUGUCUGUCUCUCUGUGUUACCCUGCGACAGACUGGUGACCUGUCAAGGGUUUACCCCGCCUCUCACUCCAUGAUAGCUGUGAUAGGCUCCACCCCCUGAUUACAAUAAGCAGAGGAGAAAAGAUGGAUGAAGAUUCACAUCAACAGAUUUUUCUCUUUGGUUUUGGUUUGGUGUUUAUUGGCAUCUUAUGCACUUCGCGUUCAUUCAAAAAUAAAUAAAUAAAUAAAAUAAACAAAUGAACAUAUUUAUAUUCAAAUAUGUAAAGAACAGAACAGUUAUCAGUGUGACUUUGUCAUUCUAAUGUUAUCAUUGUGUGUCUGUGUGUGUGUGGGUAGGUGGGUGGGGGUGUUAAUUGUUUUAUCAUAAAGAAAGACAGCACACAUCUGGUGAUCAGGUACCUUUAUUCUUGUCUAUUUUUGAAGUUAUGAAUCAAAGAGUUUUUCCUGGGCUGAGCUCUGUAAGUACCAGGAUGUUCAUUUGUGUUAGUUUUGCUCUGUACUGUACUGUAAGUUGAAUCAGUCAUUCUAGUCUUUUCUGAUUUGUUGUUUUCUGUAAUGAUUGGUAAAAAUCUGGAGAAUGUGUGAUUUGAUUUCUUGUAUUUUCUUGAGAGUAACUGUUUUCCAUGGUGUUUAUUUGUUUUGGUUGUGUUUUGUACAUUUUGUGUAAUCAAGUUUUAUUAUAAAAUCACUGAUUUUUUUAAAAAAAAUAGAAAGAUAUUUGAUUGUAAAGUCUAGAUCAGGGGUUGGCAACCCUGGGCAGCGUGCCAGCUGUGGCACGCAUAGGGUUAACUGACGGCACGACCAUAGCUGGACUGGCCAUCGGUGGGCUGAUUAUUUUAUUUUAUUUUUUUCUUGUAACGACA